UUUGAAAAAUGAUAAAUGCUCAUGGCAAGGCUAAAAGGAUGUCCGGAGAACUCCAUCACCACCACCACACACCCUUCCCGGACCUCUACUCCUGAGGCUACCAUUUAACAGUUUGCCAUGCGUCUUCCCACAGAGGUCCUUCUGGAAGAGAUUUUCACCCCCCGGAAAAAAGGAACCAUAGAGUAGCUCUCUGUGGAAUCCGCCAAGGAGUGCGCCAGGGAGUGAGGGCAUGGCUGGAAGGCUGAGGUCCCUAAGACUACAUGCCCCUGCCCUGCCUUGAAGGUCCUGUAGUCCUGCCUCGGGUGGCCGCACGCCUUGGCUGGGGUGAGGGAGAAUCUAGCACCGACCACCGGGGCAUCUGGAGAACUGGAACCUAACUGUGCUUGGGGGAGGGUCCACAGGUGUCUGCACAAGUGGCAUCUGCCUGAAGCCCUCAUCAGGAACUGUUUCCAGAGCUGCAGCGUUUAGUAUAUAUGUGUGUGGAUGCCUAGUGUGUGUGAACAUAUGGAGGUUGUGUGAGGAUGUGUGUCCACUGUGUGUGAGAACACGUGCGUGCUGGGUGAGCAAGUGUGCACAUGGUAUGUGUGCGCUGUUUUCACUUUGUGAGGAUGUGUGCACUGAGAAACUAUCCUACGUGUAUAACGCUUUGAGUGUGCGCACUGUGUGGGGAGGUGUGUUUAUAUCGGUGUGUGCACGCUACAUGUAAGCAGCGUAUGAGGACUACGUACACACCGGGUGUGCUUGCGCGCUGAGUGAAGACUGGUGUGCACGUCGAACGUGCGCGCGGUAUGUGCGCGUGCUGUGAGAACUAGUGCGCACGUUGCAUGUGCAUGCUGCGUGCUUGUGUUGUGUGAGGGUCAGUGUGCCCCUCGCUUGUGCACGCGGUGCGCGUGCGCGGCGUGAGAAACGGUGCGCACUUCGCACGUGCACGCCGAGUGCGCAAGCUGUGUGAGAAGGACGCGUGCGCGUGCGGACGCGCGCGGGUCCGGUGCGGCGCGGCGGCUGGGGCAGUGCGCCUGUGUGGUUCGCGUGUCCCUAUGGAGCGCGGCGGUGGUUGCGGGGCUGGAGCGGGGACCGAGGGGGCUGCGCGGGGAUCCCCUCUCCCUGGGAAGAUGGCCGAGUCGGGUGCGGUGCGGACCUCGCCGCCCAACCACCGGCCUUCAGGCAUGGAUGGAUUUUUAAGAUCUGAUGAGAGACAAAGACUAGCUAAAGAAAGACGAGAAGAGAGAGAAAAAUGUCUUGCUGCCCGGGAGCAACAAAUCCUGGAGAAACAGAAAAGAGCUAAGCUCCAGUAUGAAAAGCAAAUCGAAGAACGAUGGCGGAAACUGGAAGAGCAGCGGCAGCGGGAGGAUCAGAAGAGGGCUGCUGUGGAAGAGAAGAGGAAGCAGAAACUCCGGGAGGAGGAGGAGCGGCUGGAGGCGAUGAUGCGUCGGUCCCUGGAGCGCACACAGCAACUGGAGAUGAAGAAGAAGUGCUCGUGGGGAGCUUCACUGGCCACAGGGCCUGGAGGACGUGAUGGUGAAUCAGAAAAUACCCCACCCCCUCCUCUAGGUUUAGCAUCCAGCACCCUUCCUCCGGACCCAGGGACCAGUGCCACCGCUGCCGAGUCCACCAACGCAUGUGACAAACUUUCAACAUCAGCCAUGAAUUUGCCAAAGCAGACGGAGCCUCCCAUGAGUAAGCGCCUGUCUUCAUCCACCGUGGCAAUAUCCUAUUCCCCAGACCGAGCUCCUGCUGGCCCUCUUAAAUCUUCUUACAAGUCUUCUCCCACUCGGAGUGCUGAGAGGAAGAAGACUACAUCUACAUCUGGCACAGGAGAUUCUGGGAAAGGAGCCCCUGCAGGAGCGGAGGCCUCUCCGACAGAGAAGAUGAAGAGAGGCCCUCGAACAACAGCUUCCGUUCCCAGCGUGGGCCUCGGGUCUCCUCUGAGAAGAUGUGAGUUUCCAGGAAGCAUUUCUAAGCGGUCAUCCUCUCCAGUGACAUCCAAGACAACUUCAAAAGCAUAUCCACAGUCUCCAAAGAAUGUGAAGCCACCAUACCCAGGGUCUCCUGUGAAGUACCGCUCUCCCACCUUUCCCAGCCAGGAAACACCCAAGAGGAAAGCAGAGAAAGAGAAGAGCAAUAAAGAAAGGGAGGGUACCCUGGCCCAGCAGGCAGCUGGCCUGCAUGGGGAGGAAGCCCCAGAGAAGCACGUGGUGGACAAGCAUGUCACGGAGAAGCAUUUGGCCACAGGAGGGAAGACCGAGGGCAGUGGAGCCUCAGGGAAGCCCACGGCAGGCACCACUGAUGCAGGAGAGGCUGCAAAGAUCCUGGCUGAAAAGAGACGACAAGCCCGGCUACAGAAAGAACAGGAGGAGCAGGAACGGCUGGAGAAGGAAGAACAGGACAGGCUGGAGAGAGAGGAAUUGAAAAGAAAGGCAGAGGAGGAAAGGCUUCGCCUAGAAGAGGAAGCCCGUAAGCAGGAGGAGGAAAAGAAACGGCAGGAAGAGGAAGAAAAAAGAAAGGCAGAAGUGGAGGCUAAGAGGAAGGCCAAGGAGGAGCUGUUGUUAAAAGAAGAGCAAGAAAAGGAAAAACAAGAAAAAGAAAAGCAAGAAAAAGCCAUGAUUGAAAAGCAGAAGGAAGCAGCAGAAGCAAAGGCCCAGGAGGCAGCUAAACAGAUGCGUCUAGAAAGAGAACAGAUCAUGCUGCAGAUUGAGCAGGAGCGCCUGGAGAGGAAGAAGAGAAUAGAUGAAAUCAUGAAGAGAACAAGGAAGAGUGAUGUGUCUCCAGAAGUGAAGAAAGAAGACCCAAAAGUAGAGCUUCACUUGCCUGUGUAUGUGGAAAAUAAGACAAAACCAGUUGUCCCGAACAAAAUAGAAAUAAAUGGGUUGAACACCUGCCAGGAAGUUAAUGGUGUGGGGCGUACUGCCCCAGAAACUUUUCCUCGAGACGUUUUCUCUAAUGGGCUUAAACCAGUUGGGGGACUUGUUCAUCUAGACACCCUUGAUGGGAAAUCAAACAGCCUGGAUGACUCAACUGAAGAAGUUCAGUCUAUGGAUGUGAGUCCUGUUUCAAAGGAAGAGCUUAUCUCCAUCCCAGAAUUUUCACCAGUAAGUGAAAUGAUUCCUGGGGUGUCUCUGGACCAAAAUGGAACUGGUAAUGCCCGAGCACUUCAAGAUCUCCUAGAUUUCACUGGCCCGCCCAUGUACCCCAAGCGAUCCAGUGAAAAUCUCAGCCUGGAUGACUGUAAUAAAAACUUGAUUGAAGGAUUUAACAGUCCUGGCCAAGAAAAUACUCUGAACACCUUCUGUUGACAAAUACAUCUCUUUAAUGAAAGGUGGUGUUUGGAGAGCCCAUGAAGCUGCUGGUAGUCAAAUCCAAGCUGCUGGUCCUCUGAAGAAGCUUCUGUUGUCCUAAAUCACUGGAUUCCAAAUUAUUAGAUGAAAAUGUAACUGUAUCCCUAGUUAGUAUGUCAAACACUGGCCACUCUUGGUAGAAACCACUCUUGGUCGAAACCUUGAAACAUUGGCCUUGUUGGGCUUUAGCAAAGUUUCAUGUUACAGUUCUAUUUAUGAGCUUCAGCUGCUGAUAAAGUGCUUCCUAUACUACUUUAUUAUCAUAGUGAUCCUCUGAAUAACCCAGGUGAUUCUGUGUUGGAAAUUCACCUUAUAACCAUUCUUAUUCCCAAAGUUGGAGUACAUAAACAUUUAGAUGUCUUUUCCUGUAAAUAUUCUAGACAUUGACUCAAACUCUACUUAAACUUACACUGAACUUGGGCUGCUUAUCUCCCUGUCUGUGUUUAGAAGAAGAAAUUCCAGAGGGUUUUCCCCCUUUCUGUGGUUUAUUUGUUGGAAGUUACUAUCAAGCUGUUUCUUAUUAUUAAGCUUAGCCACCUGCAAAAUGCGUUGCCCCAUAUUACUCCUUGGGGGGCUGACAGAAUAAUAUUGUCUGGUUGAUUAAGAAAACUAUUAAGCAAUGUGGAAUGAUUUCUGUUCACGUAUGCAUUUUAUUAUAGACUUGGGCACCUGAAUCUAGCAAGGAUCUUGUCAUUGUUACCCCUUAAAAUAUCCAAGCCAUCGAGUAGCUUUUGGACUGAAGGAAGCUUGAAUGAUUUGUGGGGCUCAUGCACAGGUGGUUGGUUUUCAUGUUGUUGCUAUCGUUUUUCUCUUGGACCUUGGGGCCCUUGUUUGUUUGCUCCUGUGUUUGCUCAACUCUAAUGAAACCAGGCUCAAAUGAAAAUGAUAGUUCUCUGGAACAAGGGGGCCCUGAACUGGACCCAACAUGUCAUUUUAACAGACCAACAUAAAAAUAUCUGAACAAGGGACAAUGACACUAGAAUGUAUACUUCAUGUGUUUUAUGCCAUAUAAUGUGUUUUCUUAAUUUUGUUUCUUGUGGUGAAAUGUGACUUUCAGAUUAAAAUGACCUCCUUUGAAACUGUUUUUUGUUUGAAAACUUCUUUGAAACUCUUGUACAGUAAAGAGUUUGGAAAAGAUCCAUAAUUCUGACUGAGGUUUGCAACCAGGAGAUAAAAAGAAGUCUCAGUAAUAAUCUUGUUCAUGUGCUUUUAAAACCAGCUACAGUUUAAGACUUUAUCAGUUAUGGAAACUGUGUAUGUUUGUGUAUGUGUAUAUAUUAAAUAAAAUACAUGCCUCCAAUAAUGCAGUGCCAUUGAUCUUGAAUAUCAGGGGAAAUCCCUUUUAUGACAAGCACACAGAAAAUGAUAGCAUGGUCUGACUUUCAAAAAAUGCCUCACCAUCUUUCUUAGUUUUAUUUUGCUAAAUGUUUGUUUUGUUGUGAUCUGUUGUGCCUCAUAGCACCAUUGUGACCAUGGUGAUGCCUCAUGUGCAUGAUGUGUUCAUUGUGUUUAAUGUGAAAUACAUUUUCAUUGAAGAAUCUGA